CGAACGUCUUGUCCGCUACCUACUCCCGCUCGUGCGUGGAGUUUUUUCGUCACCCCAACAUAGACAAACAGGCCUCAAACUGUUUUCAAGUGUAACAAAAGUGUUUCGGAAGUACACGGGUGCAGCGGCUGACGGCCAGGCGAGCACCUCCGGUUCAAGCCGGGGUGACUCGCAGUCCGUCGACGCUGAAUCCGUGUCACUUGCCAGCGCUGUAACAUCCGGGAUGGUUACGAUAAUAUCGAAGCUAAAGAUCGGCGUGUGCAGCUCGCCGCCACCAUUGGAGAACAACCCAAUAUUGCAAUACUUCGAGGUGGGCGAUGAGUGUUGCAAUGCUGGGCCCGGCCUGGUGUGGCGAGUGCACGAUGCCUACAGGAAGAGCGAUGGAAAGGAGUGUUCGGUGUUCGUAUUCGACAAGCGUAUAGCUGACAGGCUGUACAAGCCGAAGCGCAAGGAGAUCAUGAUCGAGAGGAUCCGCUACUGCGUCAGCCAGCUCGAGAAGUUGCGUAACCCGAAGAUGCUCCAGAUCAUCCAUUCCCUGGAAGAAGGCAGUUAUACCAUCGCGUUCGCAUCCGAGUCCGUGUUAGCCAGCCUCCAUAACAUCCUGGCAUGGCAUGAGUCGGAGCCCUUACUGCCGAAUUGUCAACCGCCGGUCAUGCCCCAUCCGUUAACGCUUGCGCCGCCGGGCACGCCGACUUCACCAUCUCCAACGGGGUCUCCGGUGCGACCUCCUUUCGCAAAGGAGUACUACUUCAUAGACCUUGAGCUGCGUUAUGGUCUGCUUCAGAUCAUCGAAGCACUGCAUUUCUUGCACUACACGGCGCGUCAGAUCCACCGCAACGUAUGCCCUCAAGUUAUCAUUGUCACCAAACGUGGCACUUGGAAACUCUUUGGGUUGGAAUUUGUGGAGGACAUAACGGGCCCGGACCCGACUGAUAUGGUUCCCGUGGUGCCAUGGUCCGUCAAGGUGGCUAAGUUCUGCCAGCCUAACCUGGAUUUCAUGGCCCCAGAAAUGCAGACUAACGCACAAUGCAACAUAUUGUCGGAUAUGUUUUCUCUGGGCCUUGUCAUCUGCGCCAUCUUUAACUGCGGCAAGUCUCUGAUCCAAGCCAACAACAAUCCGAUACUCUACAUGAAGCAGAUGGAUUACUUGGAGCAACAAGUGAAUGCUGUACUGACGCGCGUGCCGUGCGGCCUUCAAGAGGCAACGCAGCGUCUACUCUCGAGGGACCCCCACCCUCGUCCGACCACCCAACUCCUGCCACUGAUUAAAUACUUCAAGUGUCAGAGCGAGCCGGCAAUCCAAGCGAUGCAGUUCUUGGACGUGAUCACCAUGAAGGACCCGCACCAGAAAGCCAACUUCUAUACCACCAUGCUCCUGGAAGCAUUGCCCUACAUUCCGAAGAAACUGCGUUGGCAACAUGUAUGGCCGGCACUGCAAAUGGAAGUAAGGACCGCCGAGGUGCUGGCGCCUGUGCUGCAGCCCAUCAUCUGGCUCACUAAUGAAGCCACUCAUGAGGAGUUCGAUAACUACGUUCUUCCCGUUCUGAAGAUCUACUGGAACCUAAUGAAUUCUCCGAAAAGUAUCCAAGCAUCUGUAACGUUGCUAGAGAAUUUGCAUAUCAUUUUGAAGAAGGCCCAAGAAGAAAUGAUCACCAAUGAGCUUAUGCCAAUGCUGUACAGGUCAAUGGACCAUAAGGCUCACCAGAUCCAGACGGCGACUCUGAUUGCACUGCAAUCUGUCCACGAAUACGUGGAAGACGAGGAUUUGCGAAACGUUGUGGUGGGCAAAGUGAAGAUAUUGCUCGAAAAGAACAAGAGCGAUGUUAAGAUCAUCAGUUUGACCCUCGGAUUCUACGAGAAGGUUCUCUCUAGACUGGAACGUGACAACAUCACAGACAGCGUGAUCCCAACCCUGCUCGCCAUGCGGCUGAGCGACCCCGACAUUGUCAAUCGGGUCGUCAAGCUUUAUAAGGCGAUCCUAAUGGAAAGGAAGUUUGGAUUGACGCCUUGUGCCAUGGCAACUCAAAUGAUACCAUCUUUGGCACCGCAGACCGUCAAUCCUGGUUUGAACAUCGAACAGUUCGGCAACCUAAUGGAGGUAAUAUUGUAUGACAUGCUGGACAACAUCGAUAAGAAUCAACGUCAUAAAAUGAGAAUGGAAGGGCUUGGCACCGGAAGCCCCGACCGCUACCGGGCCCUGCGACACCAGCGAAGCACUGAUAACAUGAACGCCCCGCCGUUCAACAUCCCCAACCUACGCGUCGAGCAGCGCAAGACCUCCAGCGCCGAGGACAUGGCGCGUAAAAACUCCGCCAGUGGCCCUAGCCCCAUCAGCGGCAUUGGUGCCUUUAAAAACAAAUUUGCCCUGGGUAAAGGCUUCGGUCAGUGGUUUUUCGGAUCGAGCAGCUCCGCUAAUAACGAUAGCAAUUUCCUGCGCGUCGGCAACGCUUCACCCAAUCGCCGUCUAUCAGAUAACACUCUAAUGACACCUAAGAUUCGCAUUGCACCGUCUUGUGCGUCCUCUCCGGGUGGGACUCCAGGUGGCAAUAAUUCGGGCCUGCCCUCACGCCGCCACUCCAGCAUUGGCCCCCAGGAACGUCGUGCAUCCGCUGUUAAUCUAUCGCCGCCAACGGGCUACCAGUUCAGAGGACGCGGUGGUUCAGGCUCGAGCCUGUCAGUGCCGGCGACCUCCCAUCCCGUCGGGGGUUCGAUGCCCAAUACAUCGUCCAGCGUGCCGUUCUUGCUGACGUCUUCGAUGCAGUCUAUUCGUUCGCGGCGUCCAUCGUGCGCGAGCGGAAGCGCAAGCGCCCAGGGUGGGUCCGGUCUGCUGCAGCAGAUCAGCAGCGGCAUGGUAAGGCACCUCCCCAUAGGGUCGCACCACAGCAUGCAGGCGCACAUGCACGCGCCGCUCGGAGCCAUCCAGAGCGCCACCGCCGCCGGCUACAACGCCCUGCAUCAGACCGCCAUGGCCGUGCGCAAAUGCCCCUCUCUGAAUAUUACACUUACUCGUUAGACCCUCAGCUAAACCAUCGGGGAUGCGGCCGUCUGCGCAAAACUUCUUCUCGCCGGGCGACCGUAGCUACACCGACUAACCUAAAUGCUCUAAUACGUCUUAUUUCUUCGGCAACGGCGAUCCCCGUCCGAUCCCUCUAUGUUCUGUAGUAUCUAUGUUGUUCAUGUUAUGUAACAAAUUAGAUUUAUUUGCAUUUAAUUUCUUAGAGUACGUGUGUUUAGUUUAUGUAUGUUAUUUAUAUAAAGAUUAUUUAUAUACGAACCAAAUGAUAAUUUGCUUUAAUUAACAUCGAGAAUGUUUUUGAUUAUGUAUACGAUAUGCCUGUCGACGUGAGAGAAACACUCCGAGCUUUAAAUUGAUUAACCGAAAACAUAUCAACAUCAUUUUCUAUAGCUUCAAAAAUAUUCUUCGUAAAUUGUGUUAAACUCAUAUGUGGUAAUCCAAGAUUUCUCCGUUUUAAAUAUUUUAUUUCGAUUAUGCCUUUUAUUAUUAUAUUUUAAUAAUUUACUACAAUUAUGAUUCAAAUAAAGGUUCGAAAAUUUGUCAUUGUGUAAAGGAAACAUUAAAAAAAUGAUAACCUCAAAUAUCAACGAAAUAAAUAACUUGAUAAUAUAUUAAUUAGUGACUAUAAUAACAGUUAAACCAUCACAAUUAUUAUUUAAAAACAAACAUUCAUAAUAUUGAUUUAAAAAUGUGCCAAAAACUAAAAGCAAUUUCAGUCCACAUCGAUGGAUAUUAUGGCUCAAUAUAAAAGAAUAGGGGCUCUUAACCGCGAGCACUUUAAUUUAUUUGAAAGGCCUACGUUUCGCUCGUAAAACACGAGAGUGAAAUACAGUUUGUGAAAUGACAAUGAAAAUGGCCGCUCAAUAAAAUUUCAGUUAUGAUAAUAAAAGCAAGAAUAUAAACUUGACCGAAUCAAUUAACAUUUUAUUUAUUUAUU